AUGUCUCGAAGACCGCCAAAUCCCGCCGCCGAGAGAGCGCUCCAGAACCAGGCCACGAUCAAGAGUCUGCUGAAGCUGGAGUGCAACAAGGUCUGCUCCGACUGCAAGAGAAACAAGCACCCGCGAUGGGCUAGUUGGAACCUGGGUGUCUUUAUCUGCAUUCGGUGUUCGGGCAUCCACCGUGGCAUGGGUACGCACAUCAGCAGAGUCAAGUCUGUCGACCUCGAUUCCUGGACCGACGAGCAACUCAAGAGCAUCCUCAGCUGGGGCAAUGCGCGCGCAAACAAAUACUGGGAGGCCAAGCUGGCACCCGGCCACGUGCCUUCCGAAUCCAAGAUUGAGAACUUCAUUCGCACCAAAUACGAGCUGAAGAGAUGGACAAUGGACGGCCCCAUUCCGGACCCCGCCUCGCUGGACGCCGACGGCGACGACGACGUCCCUCUGAGCUUGGUCAAGGAGAAGCAGAACGUGGAGAGGCGAGAAUCGGUCCGCAAGAGCUCGGUCGGCAAGUCGGCUGCUCCCCCACGGAGCAUCGCUGCCCCGCAGCCGCAGGUCGAUCUCAUCGGCGGCGAUCCCAUCCCCCGGGCCAGCACCGCCGGCCCGCAACCCGGCAAGGUGCCUCCCAAGUCCGACCCGGCUCCCCCCAAGGCCACGAGCACUAAGGAUUCGCUGUUGGGCUUGGACUUCUUCGGAGAACCUGCGGCUCCACCACGCCCUGCCAGCACCAACGCGGCCGGUGGAAUGGGAGGCCCUUCCAGGCCAGACCUGAAGCAGUCCAUCCUGUCGCUCUACGCCUCCGCCCCGAAACCGCAGCCCCAGCAACAACAAGCCCCUCAAGUCCCCGGAGGUCAAUUCGGCGGCAUGCCCUCCCCCACCUACGGACACCAGCAGCAGCAGUCGUUUGGCGGCAUGACCGAUGCCUUCAGCAACCUCAGCUUUAACAACACCACAAGCCCCAAGCCGGCCGCCGCGGACCCUUUCGCAAGCCUGGCCAGCCCCGUCAGCAGCAAGUCACCGCCGCCUUCGUCAAACGCCUUCGGUGGCCUCGGCGGAGGCAGCUUCUUCGACUCGAAGCCCGCCGCACCGGCGGCCGCCGCUCCUCAACCUCAGACGCAACCUUCCAACAGCGGAUUCGGUGGGUUUGGCUGGUCCAGCUCCCCUGCCCCGGCGCCCGCGCCGUCCCAGCCCAAGCCCGCUCAAUCAGCAUCCUCCGGCAUGGGAGACCUCUUCGACCUUUCCUCCCCCGCGCCCGCCGCCGCCGCGCCCAGUCCGGCUCCGGCUCCCGCUGCGGCCUCCAGCUCCGUCUUCAACCUCUCGAGCCAGCCCAAGUCACCUCCCGCGACGAACCCAACGGCCGCCGCCACGAGCACCAUGAGCACAGGGAACUGGUCAAACUCGGAUGUAUGGGGCUCCAACGCCUGGGGCGCGCCCGACACCUCUGCCGCGGCUGCACCUGCGAAGGCCCCGGAAGCACCCAAGCCGACUGGUGGAUUCGGAGGCAGCGCCGACAUUGGAGGCUGGGGCGCGUCCGGCUCGUUUGCCAGCACCCCCAUCGUUCCCGGCGCGUCUGGCGGCUUCAGCGCCGCACCAAAGGUGGCGGCUGACGAGGAGUUCGGAGGAUGGACGAGCAGCACAACCCCGGCUGCCUCUGGAUCUUCCAAGCCUGUUGGCGGAAACGACGACCUCUUUUCGAACGUGUGGCAGUAA